GCAGUUGGUCGGCGGACGGUAGUGAGAGAGGGUGUGUGACAAGCCAAUCAAAGACCAGUGAUUUUAAAAGCUUAUAAUAUGAAGGAAAGAAACUGACCUAUCGCAGUCGCAGUAAUGAAGUGAAUAGAAACAAACCGUGAUAAAGUGGCGCAGAGAAAAAAGAGACUCGUGAUUGAGAUAAACUGCAGAGACGCGCAGCUGAAAUAGGAGAAAAAGAAAGUUAACUCUACGUACACAGAAAUAUAAUGUGAGGCAGACAGAAAAAAAAGAGUAAAAAAAAGAAGAAAAGAAAAAUCGUGGUGGACAAAAAAUAGUUAAAUAAGAGAGAAGAAAGAAAAACAGGAAAAUUACAAAUAGUUACUGUAAAAAAAGUGAAUAAAAAACAAAAAGGAGAAAGAAAAAAGACAAAUCCAGUGUAAAUAAGACAAAAAAAAAGACGGCAAAAAAAUAAAAUAGAAAAAAUAAAAAAGGAACACAGCAGAGGGAAAAGAUAAAAGGAAAGGAAGAAAAGAUUAAAAAAAAAAAACUGAAAUGGUGGCCAGAAAAUUCGUCUCUAACGCACGCCACUGCCUAAUACACUUAAGAAGACCUCCUCGAUACUAGAAAGGCGAGGAAGAGAAGACCCAGAAAGAGGAGGAGGAGGAGGAGGAGGAGGAGGAGAGAGAGUGAGGAGAGAGAGAGAGAGCAGAAGGAGCACAAGGAAAACGGCUCCUCAAAAUGGCGGCUCUCACCUCCCUCUUACCUUCUUUCGUGAAAUACCUGCCGUUAUUUCACCUGGCGUGCACUGUGCUGCGCGUGACGGCGGCAGGAGGAGGAGAGACCUUGAUGCCGCAGUCCAGGAGUGAGGUCACCAAUUUCACGGCGGCAGUGGGCAAGACGGCCUCACUUUCCUGCCGUGUCCAGAACCUCACUCUGUAUAAGGUGGCGUGGUUUCACAUGGACCGGAAGAUGCUACUCACGCUGGACAAGAUGGUGGUGACCCGUAUCCCUCGCUUCUCCGUGACCCAGGAUGACGCCAACACCUGGACUCUGCACAUUGACGCCGUGACAAGAGACGACCGUGGCCAGUAUAUGUGUCAGGUCAACACAGAGCCGAUGGUCACUCAGAGCGGCUAUCUCGAUGUUGUGGUUCCCCCGGAGAUCGUGGAUGACCUGAGCAGUGGGUCGAGUGUAGUAGUGCAGGAAAACGGAAAUGUGACCCUUACUUGCCACGCCGAGGGGAAUCCCAAGCCUCGCAUCUCUUGGGUGAGGGAAGACCAGCGCCCCAUCACCAUCAGCAAGCGGAGCAAAGUAGUGAAGCACGAGGAACCAACGCUCAGGCUGCAGAAGGUAUCGAGGCGGGACAUGGGUGCCUACCUGUGCAUCGCCUCCAACGGUGUGCCGCCAUCAGUCUCCAAGAGGAUUGAGCUCAAAGUUCAGUUUUCUCCUAUCGUGCUGCUCCCAAACCAGCUGAUGUCGGCGCCUCUCGGUUCGUCAGUGUGGCUAGAGUGCAAGACGGAGGCGUAUCCAAGAGCUGUCACUUUCUGGAAACACAAUCACACAAUGGUCAUGUCCACCAAUAAAUAUAAGCUUGAGGAACUUCACCAUGACGACUACACCACGACCGUCAGGCUUACCAUCAAGGAGCUGGAGAAGGAGGACUUCGGGAAAUACCUGUGCUACUCAAGAAAUUCCUUUGGAGAGAACGAUGGAACGGUGGAACUUCACGAACUGACGAGGCCUCAGACCACCACGAACAGAAUGAAGCCGCCCAUCAACCCCGAACACGUGAACUCCAUUGACCAGUACCCGAAGAGCGGCCACGGGGGAAGGAGUCAGAAUCAGGUGAUAUUUAACCCCGGGGAGGGCGGUGGGGGGAUGUCGCCCGGGAGGAAGGUGAGUCACGAGCUGGGGCAACGUAUGGACAUGGGCAGCAGCGUGGGCGGCGGCGUGGGCGGCGUGGGGGCAGGUGGCACAGGACAACACCAGACCAGUCAGCUUGGGCGAGGAUCCUCCGUGAAGAAUAUCAUAUCAAGCAUGAUGCCCGGGAACACAGGGAGUUGCAGAUGUCCUCCAACUUCCCCUUUCCUUCUGCUUGGCUUCCUCGGGGUCCUACUGCUUUCCCAUGCCGCCAGAUGAAGGACUCAGCCCCCACCUGCUACCCCCAGGAUGAAUAACCCCCCAAGGAUGGCCGAGGAGUCCCCAUUAUCAAGCUGUUAAGAGGCUCCAUUCACGCAGCUGCUUCCUGACUCUCUUCGUCCUGUGAGGAAAUGUGAGGAUAGUUUUGUUGAAGGAUAUGUACACUUGUUCCUCCUGCUGUGUUGUUUUUACUUGCUGGUUGGGUUUAGGUAUUGGUAUUGUGGUUGUGUAGUUCAUUAGGUACUGGUUGAUUGGUUUAUCGUGUGUUUUUUUAAAGGUAUUUGCGUUUGUGAGUGUUUUUCUUCAGUUGUCUAUCUAGGGUGUGUGGAAAAAUAAUUGUAGUGUGGUGGUGAUGGUGAUGAUGAUGGUGAUGUGGAAGAGUGUAUAGGGUAUUGUAAUUGUGUUAGGUGUUUUUUUUUUGUGUGUGUGUGUGUGACUGUUAGUGUAGUUAUUAUUGCUAUUGUUAUUAUUAUUAUUGUUAUUAUUAUUAUUAUUAUUAUUAUUAUUAUUAUUAUUAUUAUUAUUAUUAUUGUUGCUACUGCUACUACUACUACUACUACUACUACUACUACUACUACUACUACUACUACUACUCUUAUCUUUCAAGUUGCAGUAAUUUUUUCGUUCUCUAUUUAUUAUUCGGUCUAAUUUAAACAUCACCUCAUUACUUGCCUUUUACAUGCUUUUUUUUACUCUCCCUCCUUCGUUUUCUUUUGCUUUCCUUGCGGCGAGUUACCUGUGUUGCUUGAUUUACCUGCCUCAUUUGUUUAAUUACCAUUUACUGAUAUGUUCACACACUCAGCAGUAUUGCCAAGUCGAGGCGGUGUACCCUUCGCAACACUGCCACUUCUCUCCUCCUCCUGUCUACAGAAAUAUGACGAAAAUAAAAAAAAAGUGUUGCCAAUACCAUUAGACUGAGAGUAACAUUUAGCAGUGUUGCCAGCAGCCUUGAAAGAGGGGUAGGUUACAUUUACUAUAUAAUAUUUAACAAGUGUUGCCAGUGACGUGGUUGACCUUCUGUGUUCCUAGUUUUUUGGCAGGUUCGGCCCGACAGUGUUACCAAUGGCUCAAUCCACUCUUACCAUAUCCCUGUGUUGCCUCAAAUUACCUACGUACAUGUGUGUGCACCUUCAAGUUGUACAUAGAAAUAGACGUACACGCUCUGCUAGGAUGACCUUUGUGUGUGUGUGUGUGUGUGUGUGUGUGUGUGUGUGUGUGUGUGUGUGUGUGUGUGUGUGUGUGUGCGCGUGUAUGAGUGUGUCGUAAAGGUAAAAUUAUAUAAUUACAAUCGUAUGUAUAUAUAUGUAUGUAUGCAUGUAUGUAUGUAUGUAUGUAUGCGCGCGAGUGUGUGUGUGUGUGUGUGUGUGUGUGUGUGUGUGUGUGUGUGUGUGUGUGUGUGUAUGCCUGACUCCAUCGCUCAAGUUAAGCUUCUCUGACGUCAUUUGCAAGAGGAAAGCAUAAGAAGAUGAAGAAGUAAUUAAGUAGAACAAGACGAGUAAGAAAGAAUAAAGAAGACACAACUCAACAACAACAACAACAACAACAACAACAACAACAACAUAAGCAGUAAUAGCAGGCAAGGAGGCGGUGUUAGUGACAAAGACAAAUGAAUACCGCCUGAAUCCAUAAACAAAACAAGAAAGUGAGGAAGUAAGCAAGAGAGAGAGAGAGAGAGAGAGUGUGUGUGUGUGUGUGUGUGUGUGUGUGUGUGUGUGUGCGCUUCUCACCCCUUGUCCAGGGUUAAAGGAUUGAAUAGGUGGAGUGUGCUUAAGAAGGUGUUAAUCCGCCCCUUAAGCACGUGGAUCAAUCGUCAUAUUGCCUUGUCCAUACACCCACACACACACACACACACACACACACACACACACACACACACACACAGCUAGAGAGAGAGAGAGAGAGAGAGAGAGAGAGAGAGAGAGAGAUGGAAAGAAAAACAAGGCACUCUCCCUAUCACAGUUAAGAGAGACAGACUUAACGCAGUGUGGGAGAAGGAGAAAAAUGAAGGAGAAAGGGGUGAAGAGAAGCGAGGAGAAGUAAGAGAGAUGAGAGGAACGAGAGAAAGCAAACAGUAUCUAUAAUAGUGAGAUAAAGUGAAGAUGAGCAGGAUGAGAAGAUGAAGAUGGAGAAACACAAGGAGGAAUAGAUAAAAAAAAAUAAUGACACUGGAAGAGGAAAGACUAAGGGAGAAAUGAAAGAGAAGGAAAAGAGUGAAGUGGUGAUAAUCAAAUAAAAAAAGAGUCGAGUUUGUGAAAUUAAACGUGAGAAAUGCAGAUAAAAGUGAUAAACUUACAUGGAGAGAGAGAGAGAGAGAGAGAGAGAGAGAGAGAGAGAGAGAGGAAGAAAAGCUUGAGUGAUAGUGGAGAGUGAUUCUUGUGAACAGUAUUGCCAAUAUAAAUAGAAAAAAAAAAAAACGAAUGAGUCACUAAACACUGUUGCCAUUAAAGAGCGAAGAAAAAGAGAAGUCGAACUAUUUCAAAGAAAAUAUACGAAAGAGAAAUAACAAUAGAUACAGUUACCGAACAGUGGUGCCAGAUCAAAGAAAAAGAAACACAGACAAGAAAAGAGAAAAAAAAAGAAAAUGAGAAAACAAAGACUGCAAUUACUAAAAAAAUGUUACCAGUAAGAGACGAGAAAAAUAGAAAAUGGUAGAAUUGAUAAACAGUGUUGCUAAUACAAGGAAAAUAAAGAAAAGAUAUACAGGCAAGAAACAAGGGUACAGUUGCUACACAGUGUUGCCAGUACAUCGAGGCGAAAUGACCCGAACCAGUCACCAAUGAAUUAAUCACUUGCAUAUUCAAUUGACGUCACUUGAGGCUGGACUGCGAGAGAGAGAGAGAGAGAGAGAGAGAGAGAGAGAGAGAGAAUGUG